UUUCCCAAUUCCCAUAGAUUUUUCCUCAUUCCAGGUGUGGUUUUUGCGGAUGGGGAGCGCUGGCGGCAGCUCCGGCGCUUCUCCCUGAUGGUGCUCCGGGAUUUUGGGAUGGGCCGCCAGAGCAUCGAGAGCCGGAUCCAGGAGGAGGCCCAGGAGCUGCUCCACGAGUUCCAGAAAACCCAACGGAAACCCUUUGACCCCACGUUCCUGCUGAGCUGCGCCGUGUCCAAUAUCAUCUGCUCCAUUGUUUUUGGGAAUCGCUUCCAGUACCAGGAUCCUGAAUUCCUGGAGCUGCUGCGUCUCAUGAACGAGAGUUUUCGGGAGAUGAGCACAGCCUGGGCACAGCUGUACAACAUGGCCGAGCCAUUGCUGAAGUUCGUGCCGGGCCCGCACCGGCGCAUCCCACAGCUGCUGGGGACAAUGAGGAGUUUCGUUGCCCAGCGUGUGCAGGACAACGCCCGGACCCUUGACCCCCACAGCCCCCGCGACUUCAUCGAUGCCUUCCUCAUCCAGACGAAGCAGGAAAAGGACAACCCCAAGUCAGAAUUCACAAUGGAAAACCUGGAAUUGACUACCCUGAACCUUUUCUUUGCCGGCACUGAGACCAUGAGCUCCACACUGCGCUUUGGCCUCCUCUUCCUCAUGAGGCACCCCCAGGUGGAAGAGAAGAUUUUCAAGGAGAUUUCACAGGUGGUGGGCUUUGGCCGGGCUCCAGCCCUCGCUGACCGUUCGCUGAUGCCGUUCACUGAUGCCACGAUCCACGAGAUCCAGCGCUGCAGCGACCCCAUCCCCAUGAACGUCCCGCACCGGGUGACGCGGGACACGGAAUUCCGGGGCUUCUGCAUCCCCAAGGGCACAGACAUUUACCCCCUGCUGAGCUCGGUCCUAAACGACCCUGAAUCCUUCAAAAACCCCCAAAACUUCGACCCUGGGAACUUCCUGGACGAGCAGGGUCGGUUCCAGCGCAACAAAGCCUUUGUGCCCUUCUCAGCUGGGAAGCGGCUGUGUCUGGGGGAGGCGCUGGUGCGGGCAGAGCUGUUCCUGUUCCUGACCUCGCUACUGCAGCGCCUGCGGCCGCGACCCCCGGCACCCCCCGAGGAGCUGCCCACGGCUCCCCUGGUGAGCGGCUUCGCCAACAUCCCGCCCCACUUCCAGCUCCGCCUGCUGCCCCGAUGAGAUUGCCCCCCAAAUUCCAGACUGCUCCCCAAAUUCAGGAACCGCCCAGGGAUUGGGACCCCUCCCCAUGGCUGGAAAAUCUCCCCCCGAUCCUCCCCAAAUUCCACUCCCAACAUCCCCCUUACUUCCAGCUCAUGAUGGUGUCUCAAUGAGACCCCUCCCCAAAUCCCACCCCUGAGAUGUCUCCUCAUCGUUGGAAAAUCCCCUGAAAUCCACCCCAAAUCCAGCCCCAAAAUCAAGAAUCCCCGCUGAGACCCCUCUGCAAAUUCAGGUUGCCUCCCCAUAAUGCCCCUCCUCACUGGGAUCAGGACCCCUCCCUAUCAAUGGAAAUUUCCCCCAAACCCAAAAAAUCAUCUCCAAAUCGCCUUCCCAAAAUCAGAACCCCCCAUGACCCGUGAAUUUCCCCCCAAAACCACCAAAUUCCUCCCCAAAAAUGCCAAAAUUUCUUCCAAAUCUCCCCCAAAACCCUCAAACCCCCAUAACUCCCCCAAAAGUCUCAAAUCCUCCCAAGACUCAAAAUCCCCCCCCAAACUCCAAAUUUCCCCCCCAAAACCAGAUUUCCCCCCAAAACCCUAAAAAAACCCCAAAAUUCUCCCCACCCCCCAAAUUUUCCCCUCAAAACCAUCAAAUACUCACAAAAUCCCAAAUCCCCCCAAGACACUCAAAUUACACCCCAAAUGGCCAAAAUUCCUCCCCCUCCCAAAGACUCCCAUAUUCCUCCCCAAAAAUAUGAGGGGUGCCCCUAAACAACCAAAUCCACUCUUCCCAAAAUUUCCUCCUGGACCCCAAAUUCCCCCUCAAAACCCCCAAAUAUUUCCCCCAAACACCCAAAUGUUAUGAAAAAAUGCUAAAAUUAUUUCCC